CUCCUUACGCGCGUGGUUUCCAGAAAUAGCUGGGGGGGAGGGGCGCGUGCACGUACAAACUCUUCUCGUCAAGGGAAAAAAAAAGGAGGCGUUCUAAGAAAAAAAGUUGGAUCAGAACCACUGGUGAAGUUCGCUGCCACGCAGUUGAGCUUCUUCAACUUAACACGAGCCCAGUUGACUGCAGAGUUGUUGCUGGUGCUGUCACGAUGCUUCCGAUGACGGCCAGUCAGCAAGAAGAGAUGAGGCCGAUGAUAAAGAGGAGGACAGCUGACCCACGAAGAUGCUGAGCCGCCGCCGCCGAGGUAUUUCCGGCCCGCUUCUGGUGCUGCUCGGAGCGGCGGGCUGCCUCUUCUACCAGAGCCUCACUGGACAGCGGUCCGGCCCGCAGCAAGCCGCCAAAGAGCCGCCAGACAGUCCGACGGAGGACGACCGGAAGUUGGUGAAAGCCCUGGAGGGUCUGCAGAUGUCCCACAUGGCCAGCGGGCGGCGCCGGGCCUUGGUUGUGAUGGGGUCACACCCACACAGUGACACCGAGGUGCAGCUCUACCAUAGAGUCCUGCACGACUUGGACUAUGAGGUCCACAAGUCCACAUACUUUGAGACCAGCAGCUUUGUGCAGCACAAUCAAGGGCAAAGUGGGUGGAGUCUGCUGUUGUGUUCAAGCUCCUCAGAGAGAAGUUGUCUGAGGAAGGUCGCUUUCUCGCACCUAAGGUCACACCAGAUGGUCAAUCUUCUGCCUGGUCUGGUGGAGGCACUCUCUGCCUCAGCUCUGUGUCAGCUGACAGCGCGUGGAUUACCCAUCAUGCCUCCUGCUUGCAGUCACAACCGGACUUCCCCUCACGGCCCCGUCGGAGCUGACAGCGCGUCCGCCGUGGAAUCUGGCCUGGUUGCCGUGGUGAAUGUUUACGUCGUAGUGACCUCCGUGAGGCCUCUGACCGCCUUCCUGCACGAAGUUGCCGUAGUGACAGACAGUCAGAUGUCGCGGGCCACACAGCUCAGUGGCUUCCUGCUGCAGCGACUUCCGCCAAAGACUUCCCAAGAAGCUUUGGGGCAAGCUAAGGAGGUCAUAGGUCAGGUGCUGGAGGCCGCACUGUCUGCCAAUAAAGAGGCUCAAAGCCUGAACAGGUGUGUGUUGUGUUAUCAGCUGCUCACUUUCACGCUGCUCUUUAGCGGAUCCAUCAAGCCCCUCAUCACGCAGGUGGACGCGGGUUUGACUCUGUCGGCUCUGAGUGAUCGGCACUUUGACAGACAGGUCACCAGAGAUGUGAUCCUGGAGGACACGCUUCACUUCCUGUUGUCCUCGGAGACGCAGUCAGACGACGAGCAGCGCGGCGUCUUCACAGAGACAAGCGGCGUCCGAAUGUCUGCAGACGACUUUCUUCUUCUGCGUCGCUUUCACGGUCACGUGAUGGCGCCGAGGUCCUUCCAGCUGGUGUGUCCCGGCGAAUCUUCGUCCCGCGGCGCUUCACGCCUGUCCGACAUGCUGCUCGCCGUCGUUCGCCAUCACGGGAGCGUCGUUGGCAGGGCCGACCAAUCAGAUGCGGCGGUCAAUCAGAGCACAGGUUCAUGCGUGGACGCCCGCCUCCGUCAGAUCUACACCGACCCCCCCCUAACACUGAGCCCCCCCUUCAGCCCCCAUUUCAAGGAGUACCACACAGAAGUGACCUUUGACACGCUAAUGAUCAGAGUCCGCGCGGAGCCCGCCAGCGCCGCCUGUGGCGUCCGCUUGGACGAGCGGCGAACUUCCAGAGAGUUCACCUUCCCCGUCGGCCUGGGACACAACCGCGUCAACAUUCUGGUGACGGACGAGGCCGCGUCGCCGCCGUCCGUGGUGGCCGUCUACACCGUGCACGUGUACCGCGAAGGCCGGCCCAGCCUGCCAAUGUUUGGGGACCAUGUGACCUGCGGCUAUGUUCAAGAUUGUGGACUCGUGGUUCUUCCGAAUCGCCCCUGUGGUCUGGAACCGUUUUCCAGACCAACCUAUCCACUUCCUGCCUGCACUUCCGGACAUUCUCCAGGUCGCUGGUUGGUUCCGUGCCUCAGCUGUUCUGACAACAGGACGUGUGAUUGGCGGAAGGUUGCCUGGCAACCCGACAGUUGCUAUCAUGGAGUGGUGAAGCGCCCCCUGCUGCAGGAGUGUAUGGCAGGUAGAAAGGUGUUGUUCUUGGGGGACUCAACCAAUCGGGGCAUGAUGUACUUCCUGAUGGAGCGGCUGAACUCCAGCUUGGUGGACUGGGACAAGGCCCACGAAAUGCUAGUCUACAAGAACCUGAACCACGGUCGGACGUGGGUCAGCUACUCGUAUUAUCCUCAGUUCUGGUUGGACCACAAGCAAAGGCCCACCUUCAAGCAGGCGCUGACCCAGCUGCUGCAAAGGUCAGGACCUCUGAUGAACUCUGAGAUGACCGUGUUGGUGGUGGGAGGAGUUCAAUGGCUCAACAGCAAGCACCUGUGGAUGGUUCGUGAGGUUCUGGAUAGUGAGUCUCUCAGUGGAGUCCAAGUGGUGGUCAAGUCUUUGGGAAUGGGCUUCCAUCUUCCUGUGGACGGGAUCCGAUUUCGCAGUCCGAAGGAGAUCCAAAAGCUUCCCAGAGAGAACCAGAAUAUUAUCACUGCUGCAAAGCAUCACGGCUAUGAGGUGAUCGACACAUUGGCCAUCACGAUGGGUCGCUACCAAGACUUCCUGCCGGGACGUUGUGCGUGCCACUUCCAUCAGGUGGACAAGUUCUGUGCCGAGUCGGCCCACCGCACAACCCAACCUGGAAGCCAAUCAAACGCUGCAAACAUUCCCUCAAAAGUGAAAACCAAUACCUCGUCCUAUCAUGUAAUUGGAGCUGUGAACCAGGUGUACGCCGACAUCCUGCUGAGUCGCCUGUGUCCGACAGUUGAGUGAAAACUUUCAGCCAGGUCACGUGACUCUCAUAAGCGUCACAGCACUGGCCGAUGACGUCAUUGUCUUUGGACACCUGGCCGGCCCAAUGAGGACUCUUCUGGACUGGACCUUCUGCCGCCGCUUGCAGUC